CAGGGAUCCAAAGCUAAUGUUCAGAGCUUCUGGUGUAUGCCUCUGCAUUUGAGCUAUUUUUCUCCAGAAAUCAUGAUAGGCAUGGCUUUGAGAAACCGUGCCAACAUUUCCUAUUCAAGGGCUUUGUUUGCUGAGAGCUUCCACAGGCUGUUGUGUACUCAGACUGGAGGGAAGCUGCAAGACAAGGUUGCACUGAUCACUGGGGCAGCUAGUGGAAUAGGAAAGGCCACAGCCACCAAAUUUAUCAACAAUGGAGCUAAGGUUAUUAUUGCUGAUAUUAAUCAACAGCUUGGUGAGGAGACGGCAAAAGAACUAGGAUCUAAUGCCACUUUCGUAACAUGUGAUGUCACUCAAGAGUCAGACAUAUCCAAUGCUGUUGAGUUUGCCAUUUCUAAAUACAAACAACUUGAUAUCAUGUACAACAAUGCAGGGGUAGCCUGCAAAAGUCCUCUAAGCAUUGUUGACCUGGACAUGGCCUUGUUUGACAAAAUCAUGGACAUAAAUGUUCGUGGUGCAGUGGCAGGUAUCAAGCAUGCAGCACGUGUGAUGAUCCCACGUGGAAGUGGGUCUAUUCUCUGCACAGCAAGUGUCACAGGUGUGAUGGGAGGUUUGGCUCAGCACACUUACUCGAUAUCAAAGUCUGCAGUCAUAGGCAUUGUUAAAUCGCUGGCUUCUGAGCUAUGCAGGCAUGGAAUCCGAGUCAAUUGCAUAUCACCUUUUGCCAUUCCAACACCUUUUGCUCUGGGAGAAAUGAGUCAGAUAUAUCCUCAUGUUGAUAGUCAGAGACAUGUGGAUAUUAUUCACAAUGCUAGUGUCCUAAAGGGUGUCUAUUGUGAACCCGAUGAUGUUGCUAAUGCUGCACUUUUUCUUGCGUCCAAUGAUGCCAAGUAUAUUAGUGGACACAAUUUGGUUGUGGAUGGAGGUUUCACAUCUUUUAAGAAUUUGGAAUUUCCUGCACCAGAUCAAGUGCAGUAGAACUUUUUUCAAAUUAUAUUUAGAUAAAGGUAACAAUGAUGGAAAACCAUCUUGGAAUUUCAAAUUUUAAAUAAAUAAUUCAGUGAGAGUGAGUCAA